CAUUUACUAGAGAACGGACAAUCUCCUACAGAUUUGGAUAGAGUGGGGAAAACAGGUGUUUCCUCUUGUCCAGGUCUAUAAAUAGGAAUAUGCCACAAACAAUAAAAAAGUGUGUUUCUGUAACUCCGCAGAAACGUUCCAACCUGCCCUGUUUGUCAACAGAGAAACCUGCCUCUCAUUGAAAUGCUCCUGCAGCCUAUGGAGUGAUUCAAAGAUAAUUGGGUGACUGCAGGUAAGUCACCUCCAGACAGGAAGGUAUAAAAGAUACCUGAGUAACAGAGGCAGGGCCACUCAUACACAGACACAGGGAACUGCCAGAGAUCACUCAACCUUCCCUUACCUGGACGCUUUUCAAGAAACUACCAGGAAACUCAAAUACUGACGGCUUACAAAUAAAAGGGUCUAUCCUCAGUGGAGGAGACUGUUCGAGGACAGAGGACAAGACUCUGAAUAUGCUUUUCUUCUGCUAAAACUGCACCCUGUACAGGCUUUUGUACGGGUGCCUCCCAGAUUAAUAGGAGGUCGCUAGGUGACUUCAUGGAGUCUUCUGCUCUUCUGCCUUCUCAGGUUUUGGGAAGCAACAGUUGGGGUUCGGUCAUGUCGUGCUUCUCUCAGAUGUGGCACACGGACGUGCCCGAGUCACCCACGAGCCCCGUCCCCGCAUCGCCAAGUGAAAUCCCCAUCCCGCUCAGCCCUAUCGUCAUCACCUCGCCCACAGAAGGCAAGAAGAAGCUCAGGUCCCCCACUGACAAGCCUGGGUCCCCAAAGCCAGCCUCCCCCAAGCCUGCCUCACCCAUCGAGUGCUCCAUCUGCUUCAACACCUACGACAACAUCUUCAAGACCCCCAAGAUGCUCCAGUGCUCCCACGUCUUCUGCCUGGAGUGCGUGGCCCGUUUGGCCACGGCACUGCCUCCAACCCAAGUCGAGGACCAGCUGCCUUGUCCCUUCUGCCGGCAGCUGACCAACAUCCCCCGCGAGGGCCCUCCAGCCCUCCAGACAAGCAAGGACCUGUUGGCCACCCUGCCCCCGGACCUCCAGCGCGAGAAAGUGGUUUGGAUGGAGGGCACCAAGCUCUGCUGCCGGCAGUCGUCCCAAGAUGACCCAGAAGACCCCAACGCAUGCAUCUCCCUCGAUGUUGCCAUGAGCAAGCCCGAGGUCCCUCAGACGCCGGAUGAGGGCUUCGUGGGGAGGCUGUCUCGCUGCGACGUGUGUGACGACUGGAAGCGUGUCGUCCUCCUCUCAGCCUUGGUCAUCAUUCUGCUGUGCAUCAUCCUGUGGCCGGUUCAAUGCGCUCUGAAAACCGGGAACCUCCGCUGCUUCACCAGGACCGUUACGUUCGCCAGGCCAAACAUCCCCCAGGUAACAUACACGACCACGCCAGUGCCUGGGACCGAGGCGCCCCUCCAUUAAUGAACCCACCAGCCUUUAAGGGCAGCUUCCUCGACGCAGCACUAUCAAAGCGCCUCCAACCCAAAUGUCACUUCAAGACCUGUGCUUUUCUAACAGUGGUCUUCGUAUCUACCCAAACAGUUCAGGUCUCUCCCUACGCACCUGCUCUACCCAUGCACUUGGAGCCUCGGCUAAAUGCGCAGUUCUUCCACCCCUGUCCUGCUGCACACCUCUGCCAAAGCAUUUGGAAAUGAAGUGCUGUGUAAGGGGCAACACGUACAACCCCACUGCCUAAAUUCUUCCUUGAUGUACUUGAGCCUUAAAAACACAUUCAAGGUUUGAUGGGGCAAGGGCAUAUAUCUAGACAGCAAGCAGCAACGCGAGAGAGGUGCACGUGCCUUGUGCUGAGUCUCUGGAGAAUAUAGGCAGAGCUGGCAGGGAGCUGAGCUCCUUCCCUUUCAACUCGUCAAUGGACUGGAAGUGACAAAAAAGGGUAUUUUCUUGAAAGCGAAUGACUCUGAAGAGGCUUGCUGGAUGAAAGGAAAACGUGCUGGCAGACCGAGUAUCAGCACUUGAAAAGAGCUUGGCAAGAAUGUACAUAUGUCAGGGACAAUAUUUAAUUUUAUACUCUGUGCUUUAUGAAACAUUUCAAUUGUAUUUCUGUUAGUGUUAUAUUGUUGGAGGUGUCACUUCACUGCCUUUUCCUCUUGAUAGUCAAACCUCUGAUUUCUUUUUACUUUCCACUUUCCUUCUUUGAACUGAGUCCUGUUCUGCUGAUGGGAUGUAGGAUUGCUCUGAAGUUGUGAAAAAGAAAAUGGUGGUUUUUAUAUUUAUUUUUUUUUCCACCUGUCCUCACCCCAGACUCCAGGCUGUUCCACUUGAAUUCAAUCUUUAUGUAUCAGCGUGGGAUUUCCCAAAAGAAGAUUAUUUUUGGAAGAAUCUUCUCCCCCAUUUAUUUUUAAUGAAAGCAAAUUCAGUGUUGAGUUGAGGGGUAAAAAUUGGUUUAGGCAUAUUUUUAUAGAGUGGAGGCUUUGCAUUUGACAGGAAGAACUCUGCAUUUUCUGACGUGCAAAACCCCCUUCAAAUUUCAGUGUUAACUGUUUAACUUAAACACAUUUUACACGAUUUGAAACCGUGGCUAAGAUGGUAAAAAUGUGAGAGAUUACUUUUUUGCUUUUCUUUGGGGAAAAAAAAAAAAAAAAGUUUCUUUGUAUAGCUUGGUUUUAAAUGGCAUCAGUAUUAAGACACGGGCCAGUUGCUCACACUAUAUGUAUAUUUAUUUAAUGCAGCGGCUUCUUUCAGUGUUGCUUAGCCACAACGGUCUUCAUAAACAAUAAUGCUUUGCACCUCGUGAUACGUGUUACUCACCAGGCAGACAGCAUCGUAUCAGAUUUGUAUGCAAUAAAUCUGUUUUAUA